AUGGUGUCCAGGACGCCCACCAAGGCACCGGCGCCGAGGCCCAGCCCCGCGAAGCCGUCGCCGUCGCCGGCGACCAGGCGCCGCCAGCCCUUCCGUGCCGGUCGCUGCCUGUCCGCCACCAAGCGCCGGGCGUCCCCGCUCAAGUCCCUCGCGGCCGCGCCCGCCGCCGUCGCCUCCUCCUUCGACCGCUCCGUGCGGUUCUGCCGCCGCCGCCUCUUCAAGCUCUUCGCCCGCCUCGCCGUCCUCGGCUCCCCGACCAAGCGGCGGGCGGCGGCCGCGGGGUUCCAGCGCCUCCGCUCCACCCCCACCUCUCCCCCAACCCCCUCCGCCCUCUCCUCCCCCCGCUCCCAACGCCCGAGCAAGGUCCACCCCGCCGCGCUCCCGCCUCCUACCGAUCCAACAAAAAAGACCCUCUUCCUCGACCUCGACGAGACGCUCAUCCACUCCCAGACCGACCCCGUGCCAGAACGCUACGACUUCACCGUCCGCCCCGUCAUCUGCGGCCAGGCCAUCACCUUCUACGUGCGCAAGCGCCCGGGCGUCGACGCCUUCCUCCGCGCCGCGGCCGACGCCUUCGAGGUCGUCGUCUUCACCGCGGGGCUGGAGCAGUACGCCUCGCUCGUGCUCGACCGCCUCGACCCCGCCGGCGACCUCAUCGCGCACCGCCUCUACCGCGGCGCCUGCCGCGACGGCGGGGACGGGAGGCUCGUCAAGGACCUCUCGGCCACCGGGCGGGCCCUCGGAUGCGCCAUCAUCGUCGACGACAACCCCAACGCCUACGCCCUGCAGCCGGACAACGCGCUCCCGGUCGCGCCCUUCAUCGACGACGCCGAUGACAAGGAGCUGCAGAAGGUCAUGGGGUUUCUCGACGUCGCCGCAGGGUUCGACGACACCCGGGACGCCAUCAGGUGCUACAAGGAUCUCCUCGUCAAGGCCAAGUGA